AUGCCGUCCAGCCCGAAAACCAUUCUUAUUACCGGCGGCUCCGCCCACGGGAUAGGAGCGACUCUGGGCCUCGAGCUUGCCCGGCAAGGUCACUAUAUCUUCGCCACGGCCCACUCCAUCACGAAAGUUCCCGAGAGUCUGACCUCGUUGGCGAACGUCCAAGUGCUGUCGUUAGAUGUGACGGACCCCACCUCAAUUUCCGACGCUGCACGCGUGGUGAGGGGGCAUAGCCAUGGCCUUCAUAUUCUCGUCAACAACGCCGGGAUAGGGUAUACUAUGCCUCUCCUGGAUGCUGACCUUGAUCGGGCGAAGCAAGUAUAUGAGGCGAACGUGGGACGCAUUGUUAAUAUAAGCAGUGUGGGCGCCGUGGUGAAUACUCCCUGGAUUGGCAUCUAUUCCUCAUCCAAGGCUGCGGUCACACAGCUGUCCGAGACACUUCGCCUAGAGCUAGCCCCGUUGGGUGUUGCUGUGGUAUGCCUAAUGGCGGGCACCAUCACCACCGCGUUUCAUGCGAAUGAGCCCGAGGUGACCAUCUCGGACUGGGGAACCGGAAGAGUCGGCCCCAAAGGUUGCUCGGCCGAUGAGUUCGCCGCCUCCAUUGUCGAUGAUGUCCUGGGAAGCACGAGUAGGCUGGUGUGGAAGGGGCCCUAUAGUCCUGCUGUGAGAUUUCUUUCUCACUGGUGUCCUUUGUGGUUGUUGGAUCGGAUGAUGAGUAGUGGACAGGGGCUGGACGAGCUGGCUCCGAACAGGGGCCAGGCUUGA